AAAAAGUAGAGUUGAAAUCUGUGAAUACAACUAUUGUUUCAGAUUGGAACAACACGCUAACUCACAUAAUAACAAUGUGGAUCAUAUAUUGCAAGGAGACAUUACAUUUCAAUGUGGCACAACCUCUAUGGUAACCGCCCGAGCUACACGGAUAUGGGUGUCCAGCCGGUUACAACGGUGCUGCCGUUGCUGCUGUUGUCGCUGUUGUUGGCAGUCGGUGUCACUGGCCAGAACAAUGCCACGAUCGACGAGGACGGAAAUAUCAAAUGGCCUCACCUGCCAGCUGGAAAACCUUACGUGACGGAGGGGACAACUGCCAGCACGGGAGGGCUUGACGCGUUUUACGACCUGUCUCGUAGUUUCAUUGCGUCAUCACUGCCAGAAACGCUCCCUCUAGAUACGUUUAAAGAUAUUAUUGAUGGUAAACGUAGCAUCGGCAGUGAAUGGCAAAACCUGCUGAAGUCAUUUUUGGGAUUUGCUGUAUGCCUCGUAAUUGGACUUCUCUUCUUCAUAAUUUUCCCUCUGGUUGGACUCUGCUUCUGUUGUUGUCGCUGCUGCGGCAACUGUGGAGGGGAAAUGCUGCAAAGAGAACACCCAAAAGCCACCUGUCGAAAAAGAGCUUUCAUGUGCAUACUGUUGGUGUUAAUUGCCUUUCAAGGAGCCGGUGUUAUCUGUACGUACGUUACCAACAAUCAACUUUCCGAAACCCUCAACUCAACACCGGAAAUCACCAACCACGCUGUGAGCGACCUCAUGAACUUCGUAGAUAACGUCGAACAGCAAUUUAAUCAGAUCAUCGUCAACAAUGUCAAUUUUGUGAAGACAGCAUUGAAAGCUGAUACAGACAAAACACGGAUUUCAACACUAAUCACCAAACCAUUAGUUCGUGAUUUAAGCAGAGACUUCAGCUUUGACGGAAUUCUCACUAGCAUCAAGAAAGAUGUGGAUACCGUGAUGCUCAUUGUAGCUGACAUGGACACAUCUUUGAGGACGUUAAAGUCACAGACAACAACCAUUCCAGGAAUAACUGCCGAGCUUAACAAUGUCGAGACAGCAGUCAACAGUCUGAAGAGUAAACUGAAUGUCAACCUCAUUGAUGACGUAAGAUGA